CAGUCCAGACCAGACCGACGAAGCAGUCUGGCAGGGUGGUCAAUACGGGGAGGUGUGCGCGUCACGAAAACGGAUAGAGCACGGAAGCUAAAAACGUGAUAAGCGGUUGUCAUGACGUUCGCGUGAGACUCGUGUACUGCGAAUCACUGGCCGAAAAAACAUGUCAAGUGAUAUUCGGUGCUCGAAUUGGCGAUGCAUCGUCGGUGGUGUGACGGUGCAGUGCAAAUUGGUGCUGGUUUUGGUGCUGCUCGCGAUUCUACCUGACGUGUACACCGAGAGCCAUGGACCGUCCCCGGAUUUCAGCAGACACACGCUGGUUAGACCGCGGAUAUACCACGGAAGGACCAAGCGACAAAUCUCGUCCACCAAAGAAAGCGAUAUCGAACACGCGGACCUGUUAACGGUAGGCUUCGAGUUGGACGGAGUAAAACGAGUCCUGGAUCUCAGGUUGAAUACCGAUCUACUUCCGGUUGGUUAUCAACAGCGUUAUCAACAUCGCGGCACCUAUAAACUGCACAACCCAUCGAAAAAUGAGCUCUGCCACUAUCAAGGCAGCGUUCGAGACGUUCCUGGCUCUUGGGUAGCAUUGUCCACUUGCAAAGGGCUGCGAGGCGUCGUUUUCGACGGAGAGAACCUUCACCACAUUCAUCCGGAGAAAGAAUCCCUGGAUUCGGACCAUUACGUCUACAGGCACAAGGACCUGGUCGCCAAUCACACUUGUGGUUACGAAGGAACGCCGCACCAUGUUCUCCAGCAGGAACAUCGCAGGAACGUCAACAGAGUUACCAGGCACAAGAGAGCGACCGAAGUGAUUCGAGGACCCUACAACGCGAAUAGACAUUCCCGAUACGUGGAGCUGGUGAUGGUGAUCGAUAAGAAGGAGUACAUCGCUCUCGAAGAGAACUUGGACAAGGUGUAUCAACAUUGCAAGGACAUUGCAAACAUCAUCAAUGCCUUGUACAUGCCGCUGAACAUAUUCGUCGCUCUGGUCGGCGUACAAGUUUGGACGGACACGGACGAAAUUACUCUGUCUCCGAACGGGGACACCACCCUCUCGAAUUUCCUUCGUUACAGAAGAGAGAAGUUAGUCCAAGACAUGCCUAACGACAACGCUCAACUGUUAACGAGAAUCACUUUCGAGGGAGGCGUGGUAGGUAAAGCGCUUAAGGGACCAAUAUGUACAUACGAAUUCUCCGGUGGCGUCUCAAUGGAUCACUCGAACGUCGUUGGAUUAGUAGCGGCUACCGUGGCUCACGAAAUGGGUCACAAUUUCGGCAUGGAACACGAUUCAGCCGAUUGCGAAUGCCCCGAAGAGAAAUGCAUCAUGGCAUCGUCGAGCGGCUCGUCAGGACCGACGCACUGGUCGACGUGUUCCCUGGAACAUCUAGCGUUCGCGUUCGAACACGGCAUGGAUUACUGCCUGAGGAACAAACCGCAAAAGCUUUUCGACAGUCCGAUUUGCGGCAACGGAUUCGUCGAGCCCGGGGAGCAGUGCGACUGCGGAUUGAAAGAGAACUGCGACAAUCCUUGUUGCAACGUGACCACUUGCAUGUUGCAUGGUAACGCCAGCUGCGCCACCGGAGAAUGUUGCGAUUUGAAAACGUGUCGACCGAAGACCGCCGGCACAGAAUGCAGAAGCGCGGAACACGAGUGCGACUUGCCGGAAUAUUGCACCGGACAGAGCGAAUACUGUCCGGUGGACGUGUUCAAGAUGGACGGGGAGUCGUGCAGUAUGGGCAAAGCGUUUUGCUACCAAGGCUCUUGCAGGACGCACAACGAUCAAUGCAAGCUACUGUGGGGUCCCACAGGUUCCUCGUCCGACGACCAGUGCUACGACAUGAACAACAGGGGCACGAAACACGGAAACUGCGGCUACAAUCGCGUUGAAUCCAGCUACGUGAAAUGCACCGACGAAAAUCUUCUCUGCGGAAUGCUGCACUGCAAACAUCUGAACGAGAGGCUGGAAUUUGGUAUGGAGUCCGUCGCGAUAUUGAGUCAUUCGUUCAUCAACAACGGGGGAAAGAUAAUACCGUGUCGGUCGGCUAUCGUGGAUCUGGGAUUGAACCAGGUGGAUCCUGGUCUUGCUCCGGACGGCGCAAAGUGUGCACCUGGAAAGAUGUGCGUGAAUCAGAAGUGCAUGACGGUCGCCGAUCUGCGCGCAUCCGUGUCCGGAGGGAAAGCGUGUCCCAAUGAUUGCGGGGGCAACGGCGUGUGCAACAGUCUCGGCCACUGUCACUGCAAUCGUGGCUUCCGGCCACCCGAUUGCACUCAACCUGGCGUUGGUGGUUCCGAGGACAGCGGUCCCGCCGAGGAUCCAAACGCGAGAAACGAUGUCAUAAUGGCUCUGUACAUUAUCUUCUUGGGCAUCGUUCCGAUGAUCGCCCUGUCCUCUUUCGGCGUUUGGUACGUGAAGAACCCUGGCCAGCACUGGAAGAAAGGCAUGAUGUCAACGACCGAUCGUGGCCACAACGGAUUGUCCAUCAAAACGAUCGAUCGUUCCAGUCCUUUGCCUCGUAGCAUCGAAACGAUCGAUUCUAGUCUGAGUCAAGAUCCAGCGUGCGCGAGUUUGUUGCCGAAAGCCGAACCAGACAAGACUUACAACAAUAAUCUGUUCGGUCAAUUCAAAGGUUUCACGAUCACUCCGAUCAAGAGUCAGCCAAAAAGUCCCGAACCGAUUAAACCGGCACCACCUCCGCCUACGAUCCCGACCGUAGCCAUCAAGACCAACAUCAAGGCUCUCCCGAAAAAUAAUCCCUCGAGAAACUCUUUGUUAAACGCGACGUCCAGCUUCAACGAGGCAUCCGUCGCACCGACUUUGCCACCGUUGAAUCCAGGCUGUACAGCACGACCUCUGAUCAGUAGUCCGGUGUUGGCAGCGACUACGUGUACCUCCGUGGAGCUGGUAACUCCCAAAAGCUCCAACAGAUCGAUGGUGGAUGGACCCACCAGGCCAGCACCGGCUCCGCCUGUUCCCAGCGAAAUCCAGAAAUCUCCAAGACCCAACAGCACGCCCUUGGCGAACGUGCUGGUGCCUGAACAUCUCGAAAAGAAACCCGACAAAAGUGGCACCCUCAACAGGUUAGCCUCGAUACUUCGACCAAACUCCGGCAUCAUAAAGAUGGGACUGCAAGCGUCGCAAAGGGACGAGAAGAACACGAAUUCUUUGCCCAGAACGCAACACCUUAAAGCGAACAAGGUGAUCGACAAGGAAAUCCUGAGAAAUUUGGAGAUCUCUAAUCCCAUUCCUCAGAAGGAGAUCGAGAUACCCACCCCAGCCAUAUCGGUGAUCCCUGCCGCUGACUCGGACAAGAAGAACGUGGUGCUGCGAGCGCAGUCCAUGAGAGACAGCAAAGUUACACCCAGACCUACGAUUCAAACUUUUGGCUCCAUGCGACAGACAACACCCGUGAAGAGACCUACCAGCAUUCCUGCGAGCACCAGGCCCACUGCUCCUCCUCCAGGACCUCCUACCUCGACGAUCGUCUCGGACAAGAUCAACGAGACUGGAAAGAUCCCUGGACUGCCUGGCUACCAAACUCCGCAGGUGAAGAACGCGCAGAAGAUGGUGGACAACGCUUACGACGACUGCAUGAAUCUGGUCUCCGAUUCCUCUUUGUCGAAGAUUACCGAAGAAUCGCCGACGAACGAUAACAUUUACGCCAUUAUAGAGGAGGCUGUGCCCGAAAAGAGCCGGAAAAAUCCGGAAUUGGAGAAACUAAUCGACAACGAGUACAAGCAACCGAAACGAGUGGAAACAACGGCCAACUCUGCAGGCUUAGAGUCUAUGGGUCUGUUGUCGGAGAUCGUCUCGGAGAUAUCGAAUCGUAACUUCGAUUCCAUAUACUCGAGCGCCACCUUGAGGAAGGGGCAAGAGAACGGUGAUAACUCGAAAAACUCGGAAGAUUUAGGUUCCAACAGUUCCUUGGGCGCCUACGUGAACUCGAAUCACUACAAAUCACCGGGUAGCAUUUAUUCGAAUUCCGCGUCCGGCAAAUUCAAUUCUUCCAGUUCGACGACGAGUUCGGGUUACCUGAAUCCUUCGGCGUUGAACGUGCCGCAACAGCAGUCCAACAAGGCCGCGACGGCAACGAAACCGCCGAAUAAAAUUCAGAAACCGACGUCUCUCGGUUCGACGAAUCCGAACUUGAACGACGAGAUAUCUAAAGAGCUAGGUAUGAAGCCAGCGGAGGAGACCGUGCCUCGUAAACCGCUGGCACCGUUGAAAAUUCGAAGCGUUCAGCGAACUACGUCGAACUCGAAGUCCGAGGAGGACACGGUAGACGGUAAGGAACCGUUGAAACUACCUCUUGGAAGAACGAAAACGCCGCCGCAUAUCGCGAAAAACUCGAAAGAGACUAGGCAAAGCGUGGACGCUGCGUCAAGAUCUAAGCAAUAUUCUGAAAGCGGAUCCAAGGGGUCUAAGCUGAGCUCGAAUUCGGAUACGAUAGGUCAGGAUUCUGAGGCGAGAAGAAAAAGCAACGGUAACUUGGACAGACAGGAUUCCCACAAUAAAUUAUCCACGAAAACUGUGCCUUGUAGUCCUAAGGAUAACGGGGGAAGAUUGAACAGUCCCGACUUAGUGUCCAGCUGUUCGAAUUCCAAUCAAAUCAGUACAAAAUCACCGGAUGUUCUUGGAAACAAUCCGAAGCUGAGCUUUCAGCCGAAAAACGUUCAGAAAACGCCGACGCUUCCCCGGGGAAACGCCAACAAGACAGCGUCCACGCCGACGAAGCCAUCGAGCGUUGGAUCUAAAGGAACUAGUCUCCCUUUGGAGAAGAAGAAGUCUCCUUCGGCCAGCAAUAACGUUAACGUUACUAAAUCCAUAUCCACGAAGGAGCCAAUCACGAAAAGCUCGUUGUCGAAAACGAAUCAGAAAACAGAGACGAAGACUGGGGACGUGGGAACGAAGACGAACCCCGUGCAAAGGGCAGCUAGUAGCAAAUCGAACGUGGCAUCUUUGCAGCAAAAGUUUGAAGCCAACAAAAACGUGAACGCGUCGAGGACGAUACCGAGUGUGCACAAAAAGACAGUCGGGAAAACAGCGGAAACUGUUGGUGUCAAAAAGUGACUGUAGAACAACUAGACGAAAGGAGGAUAUCUACUUGCAAUAUUCUAGUCUAUCGGUUCGAUGAAUUUUAUUGUAUUAGACCCGGUGCGAGCGAGUUUUUUAAUCAUGGAUUUCGAGAGCUGUAAACCGUCUUUAUAGAGGUAUUUGACACGUUGAUUGCCACGAUUGGUUAUUAUCGGAUUUGCGUCAAGAGAGUCUAAUUUUAAACACGGCGAUCAACUUCCGAACUCUUUUCAUUAUCGAAAUAAAUAUUGCUUGCGAAACUUUCGAGAAAUCAAUUAGCGAUUAUCGCGCGACGUAGAGAAGGGUUAAAGACUGUACGAAAAAAGAAGGCAGUUAUAAUAGUACAAUGAUCGAUCCGACGAGAAGAGCGAAUGGAUCGAUUGAUCGAAGGAUAUGCGAACGUAACCCGUAUUCACUGUCAGAACACUAAAGCUAGGUUGUAUUACGGUCAUAUAUUACUGGCCGUGUGUAAAUAGUAGUUACUUAAAAAUAUAUAUACGAAUAUUUUUUGUAGAGAUCAUUCAUUAUCACGUAACGUACGCGAGAUGUUCGCAAUCGUCAGACUAUUUCUCUUAUGAGGAUUUUUUUGUAAAAUGAGACGAGGUAACGAGCAGCAAUUAUUUUCAAAGAUUUCGCUCGAAAUUUCUUAAACUCUGUGAUAUAACGUGUAACGAAAGGUGUGUGACACAGGCACGUCGUACGUUAUUGUAAGUAGCCGAGAAUAGACGCGACCAAAUCUAUCAUUUUAUAUCAUAUCUCGUGAAAGAAAUCAAGAGGAAAAGAUGCUAAACGAAGUCUAAAAAAUAACAAUUUCCAAAGACUAAGCGUGUUACGGUUCACAGUAUGUUAUGUUCGAUGAGUGCGAUCGUAUGAGUACCAUUGUGAUUUAAACGCGAAUCAAAAUUCUGAAAACGCGAUUAAGUUUAAGGGAGCUUAAGCGUAUCGUAGUGUUGGGUAGAAUCGAAAAAAGAAAAAAAAACAAAUGCGUUCCAUUCGAAGUGAUAAACUUCUUCUGUAACAGAACACGCUAGAAGUACAACGUUAGAGAUAUUUUUGCUUAAAUCACGCGACUUUUCAAUUUUUCGCACGACAAACACGAAUCUUUGGCGUCGUUGAACACGUGCAAAGACUAACAGGAAGGAAAAGAAAUCGAAAAACAAGAAAAGAAAGAUAUUUAUUUGACUGACCGAUGUAAAUAUGUUUAUAACGUGAAUAGUUGUAAGUAACAUUUUUGUACAAUGUACCUCUUCGUGCUCGCUAAGUGGUCGUUCGCGAAACGACGUUGUUUAGCUUAUUAAAGAACGAUAUCUCGUUCGAUCUGUCGUUACACGUGUAAGAUUCGCCUGUACCAAAACGAAAGAAAAAAGAAAAAAAAAGAGAAAACGAAAAGGUUUUAUUGAACGGUACAGUUGUAAGGUAAUAUUUGAUGCAUUUAUUAUUUUAGCAAAGUGAUCUUUCGCGUUGUGCAUUUCUCGUAUACGCUUGUUCGCGAUCAUAUUUUUUCAUUUAUAUUAUAGUUCCUAUAUUGUAUAUACGUGCACAGAUGUUUCGAUCCGUUGAGACUUUUUCAGAGGCAGCAACGUUAAGUUCAAUAAAGCUUUUCGAGCAAUUUAUCCCUGUUAAUCGCGUAUCGUUUUGUAGUGAUCGUAGCUUCUCGCUUCCAUUUUCUUUCCACGCGACGACGACGUUGUACGUGUCGUCCUCGGUGUAAAGACAAUCAGACAUUUUUGAAAAUAAGAUGCGCUUCGAAGGAAACCUUGGCAAUAACAGAUCGAUCAAAAUCGCAAAUCCUUCAUUUCUCUGUUAACACGAUUCAGUUGUGUUACGUCACGAAGCGUGGCUACCAAUUAACUGUAAUUAACAUGUACGGACUCAGGAAAGUAAUCGAACAUCGUUAGGCUUGAAGUUCAAAUGCAGUGCAGAAUAAUUUCUAUGAAAAACUUCGAACAUAAUAGCGUUUGAAUAUUUUCGUGAGCCUGUGUACGUACACGAUUGCAUUAUACGUUCGAUACCAAAGAUAAAUUAUAUUUUUAAAUUAACCCUUUCAUAACUAAAAACCCCAGAGACGGAACGAAAUGGCAAUCGUGGAACAGAUCACCCAUACGCUCAUCUGGGUGAAAUAUGUAUACGCGUAGUAAUAUGCAAGUUAAUUGGUUGUUUGUAACGAUAAUGUUUAAAAAAAUAUUUCCUCCACGGCCUCUACACACCACCACGAAUGUAUUUAGGGCUGAAAGGGUUAAAGGGUCAAGAUGUACGCCACCGUUAACUUAACACUUAAACAUUGCCCCGUAACUUGUACAUUUCUCGAUGCAUUAGUAACGUAACAAUAAAUUCUUUAUUCCA